UUCUUUUUAUUUGAAUGACUGUUUUGCGAUUUUUAGAUUGAAUAAUCUUGCUCGAAAGUAAUAUUUUUCCAAGUGGUCAGGAAAGCCGUGGAUUGUAAAGGCUACUUUUGGUUUCGUUUUUGGAUACAUGUAUAAAACACGCCAGUAAACACGUUUUAAAUACGUGUGUGGCAGAACAGUGUUAUGUCGUCUAAAGCCAGUAUUCCCGACAAAGAUUCGGACGACUCCGACACAACCGAAGUUUUCUUGAACCAGUUUUCGGACAAUGACGAAGACGAUGAGUCCAUUCAUGACCACGAUAUUUUUACUGUGAGAAACACAAAUGCCCUUGCAACGGACUUAAGACUAAAACAAUCACCGAUCGCGAAUAGUCCUUAUGGUAUUAGUUUAAAAAGCAUUCCCGACCAAGGAGCUGACAAAAAUGUACGUAGCGGCACGUACCCUGAUAAUUAUAGCGAUACUAGUUCUGAUGGAAGUGAAUAUUCUUAUACCGAUACUGAAGAUUUGUUGACAGAUUCUGAUGAUGAUUUGCUAGAAGGCUGGGAACAUUGCUCUAAACCACAGAGAAGCCAAAGAAAUAAAAAUGUCAUUCCAAUGGGAGGAGUUCGUGGUAUAGUAAAAACACACAAGCAUGUGCAAUCGCCAACACAGAUAAAAGAAUUUCCAACCAAUACGAAAGGUUUUUCUAAAGUGGACGUAAAUGACGAUAAUAAAGGUAGAAUGUCUCUUGAUGUACAAAGUCACCAAAAUUUGUCACAAGGUAGAGCAGGGAACAACGAGACAGACCAGACACGCCAGAAAGAGACACGACCAAAGCAAUUCAAAACACCAUAUAAGCAGCCGGUGACAAGCUUGCCCAGUGAUGAAAAUGUUGGAAGGAAUCAAUUUUCAGCAGCAAAUUCCAAUGUAACUUCAUAUUUUGGCGUGGAAUCGACAUCUAGUAAUGAAAACUCAAAAAGACCGAUGAAAGGCAUUGAUGAUAUUGGAAAGUCUCAGCCGAACUCAGAGGCUGCAUUAAAUAGCUCUGCACAACUAUUGUUACCGGAACACAGUGAAGAUUUUUCGGUAACUUCGAAUGCAUUUGCCGAAAACUGGGAGACUGGUUCUUAUUAUGGAACAAAUACUACUGAAACUCAUCAACUUGAGUAUCAGUCUAGAUCGCAUUGUCACUCUGUCUUUCGUGCAUGGAACAAAAAUUGGACAACUGAUGAUUACCUUAUUUGUCCGAACUUUUUGUCGGGAGUCCAUAUUGAAGAAGACAUUGGGGACACGCAGAAGGUUGGACAUCGCCGUGGACGUGGCGAUACAUCCGCUAAAUUUGGGUCACAUCAUCCUCGGAUGCCUCGCAUGUUUCACAGACGCCGGACUAAACUGAACGAAGACGACAAAAGAGCAACGUCACGUGAAGACCGUUUCUCGGAAGUAGCAUCUAUGAUGAAAACACCUCUAACUGAACUUUUUAAAGUUAUUAAAGAGACUGGACUGGAUGUGACCAAAGUUUUAGGUCAAGCUGGUAAACUUGGUUUGCCAAUGCAAUUCCCCUGUAUGCAGUGUCAUGAAAGCUCGAUGAUGUCAGAAGUGGCCACAGAUUUUAUAACCGGAAGUGGAUAUUCAUCAGACGGUAGAUGUAAAAGAUGCGGAGGACAGUUGCAGACACUUGAUUCCCUUGGUAAAAUGAUAGCCAAAAUACGAGACACUGUCGCGAAAAACAACUUUGAAAUACGUGAUGUGUACCCCGAUGGUAAUUGUAUGUUUGGAACUGUGAUUGAUCAACUGCGCGUGCGCGGUGACUUCCGGUAUACUGUCCGAACACUGAGAAAAGCCGUGGUUGACUACUUAAAGGAAAAUCCAAACGCAGAGGACGGGACACCCCUUGAAAUGUUCCUUUCAAACGAAACGUGGGAAGAAUACCUGAAACGCAUGAGUGAAGACGGUCAGUGGGGAGAUCACAUGGUUUUAAACGCCAUUACCAAUGUUUUACAAAUGCGAAUCGUAAUAUUUGGUGGUAGGAACGGAGAAACAGAAACUGUACUUGUGCCUAAAGUACCAGACGGAGAGAAAUCUGAGGCAACCAACGAUGAGGUGACGAGGAAAGAAAUCCCUACAAUAUUCAUGGGGCAUUUAGGGGAAACACACUAUGUUAGUUUCCGGCCAGAAAAUUGGUGGCAAACCAUUCAGGAAAAAAAUUUCCAAGCGUCUUUGGCAUGGGAUCUUCAGAAGUUUGAUCCAUUGCAAAGCCUUUAUGUGCCUGUUACACAUUUGGAUUUUAUUCUCAAACAUACCAUCAACCUUGAACACAUAUCAUACAGCCUGCCAGAACUCGCCAACAUUCCUACCGACGACGUGGAAUCUGAAUUCACUGUAACUCUUGUUGGCCCAAUCAUGUGUAAAAUGGUGCCCGACUAUACGAGUCAGGUUGAAAGUAUUGCACCAGAUAUCAGCGUGUUCUUUCCGGACACUUUUUACAAGGUACCAAGUAAAACAUGCAUACUUUCAGUGUUCCAAAUACCACGUGAUACAUGCAUACAAGAUGCCAUGUCAGAGCAUAAACGGCUGAAUCUUUUGACAGAAAAAUCAUCGACGGACUUGUCACAUGUUAGAUUAAGUCCUGUCUUAGUCUCGCUUUGGGAGGGUCAAACGAUUGCAUCCGAGACAGGAACUGUUUAUCUUAAGGCUAUUGAUUUAGAGAGCAUUCCGUUUGAGACAUUUUUGAGUACACUUGCAAGCGAAAAGUUUACUAUUCACCGAACAUUGGCAUUUAAAUCGGAAUGGCCGGAAGUGGCCAAUGAAUGGAUUUCACGAAAAAGAAAAAGCGGUAAGCCAGAGGAGCUCGUCAUCCAGUCCGUUGCAUCAAUUGGCUGUCAUGUGGUUCCGGUCACAUCAAAUGGGAACCUGAGUAAUGUCAUUGACAGCUUUAUAACAGACGCUUUGAAAAAAGACCAGUGCUUGUGGAGUUACUCCUUUGCCGUUGCAGAAAUGAGAUUAUCACACUACCUAAGCCAUAGUCAGAGAUGCUGCUUCCUCCUUCUCAAAUCACUGCUAGAUUCCACCUGCAAUAACCCGACGCUACCCGAUGCACUACCAAAAAGCGUAUUUUUCUACGCGUGUGAGAGUAUUGAAGACAGUACAUGGAGUCGCAUGCCCGGUAGAUGUUUGAUAAUUAUGAUAGAAAAGCUUGCGAUUGGUCUUCGAAUGGACUUCAUACCUCACUAUUUCAUAUCAGAACAGAAUUUACUACAGAAUAUUCCCCAAGAACAUAUUGAAGUAUGGUCAAAAUACAUUGAAGGAAUUCUUACACAGCCAAUAAUUUCACUACACUAUGUCCUAGAUAUGCUAGAUAUCACUUCAUCAGAAAUUGGUACUGUUUUUGACGACGUCAUUGAAGACUUACCAAAGUUUAACUCCCACCAAAGUAUAGAAAGAUCAUUCAAUGAAACAAUUGUUCAUGCCUCAGGAACUCUGAUUGAAAAUCUUAUUUAUCAAAGAGAAUAUCACUUCGCUAUGAUUACAUUUGAUGAUAUACAUGAACAGGUAUGUCGGUUCACAAAACAACCCGUUGAGGUCGUGAAAGUGAUGCGAAUGGUAUUAACAAUGGCAGUAGGGUAUUGCUGGUGUUUUGGAUUGUAUAUUGACCUUGUCAGGGGAACUACAGUGACAAGAGAUAUCGGAAAGGCUUUUGACCCGGUGCACAUAACCGAAAUAUUUGGACCUGAUAUUGAUGAUGAGGUAAUAUCAAACACUGUAGUUCCCUCUCUAUAUAGCAUUACUUCCGGGGAUUUGAAGUUCCCUACCGUUUGCGCUGAUGUGAUGAUGAAAGCUGGGAAGAGAAAGCUUCUUGCCAAUUGUUUACGAUAUUAUAUCGACACUUACAGCGAAAUUGCCGGUGACAAUAUUGUGAUCCAAAAUCAGACAUAUCAGCCGCAUCAACUGAAAUUACUUCAAGGUCUUUACAUGACAUUGCUUGAGACGUACGAUGAGCUAGGUUGUCCUGGUAAAUUCCGCGAAUUAAUGGACAAAUUAACAACAAUAGUACAACUUCGCCAGGUUCAUUCAGGUUUCCAUGAUUUAGCAUUUGCAUGGGAGACUUUAGGAGAACCGGAACUAGCUGUAGAAUGUUGUCCCUGCUACAAUAAUCACAAAAGUGGAUCUAUGAAAAAUCUUUUACAAAGAAUGUUUGGAGGUAUGGGAGAUUACCAAUAUGAUUAUUAUUAACUGUAUGUGUAUAUUAGAUUGGAUACAUCAUUGAACAGUGGGAGACAACUGAGAAGAAUCACAGGUUAUAUAUUGUGUCAUUGUUUAAAGUAGAAAUAAACAGGUACUGGAAAUUGACAGUUGCUGUUGAUAAAACUUGUGUAUUUCACGGUUUAAUUUUAUUCAUUUUCGAUUUUGAAUUGAUUUUAUAUUUCUAGUCCUGUCUUUAUAAAUUAAAAAUUUCAAGGUUAUACUUCUAAGAUAUAAAAUGGUUCUGUGAAUAUGUUUUUAGAAAUUUCAUUCUAUUCAGUUAAGUUGUUAUUUUGUAUCCUGAGAGGGUCAUAUUGUAAUUUUAUUUUGCCAGUUUAAAAUGUUGAUGAAAAAAAUUGCUGAAAUAAAUUUGAAAAUC